AGUCAGCAUGGACGCUUCUCCCGCCACAUGCUGCCCUUUCAAGGUGUUGUGCGUGUUCAGUCUUCUGGGCUGGCCUGUGUGCUCAGAGGCGGCCAAACUCCGCUGUGGCACGGACCUUCUCAACGACCUCCUGUUUGUGUGCGGCGAUCGCGGGAUCUAUUUUGGUAAAGGUGCGUGGUCCGGCUACGGCUCCCGGCCCAGAGGCAAGGGCAUCGUGGACAAGUGUUGCCGGUCCAACGGCUGCGAUCUGCAUCAUCUGGAGGUCUACUGCGCCAAGCCCAAGACGCCACAGCAGAACAUGGCGAGGCCGAGCAGCAGCACGCUACAGCAGACCACGGCGAGGCCGAGCAGCAGCACGCCACAGCAGACCACGGCGAGGCCGAGCAGCAGCACGCCACAGCAGACCACGGCGGGGCUGAGCAGCAGCACGCCACAAACGGACGCGGCCAGUCAGUUCCAGAAGAAGAUCCUGGAACACCUGGACCCUCCCGACACUCCAAAGAGAGAGAAGAUCCUGGAACACCUGGGCCCUCCCGACACUCCAAAGAGAGAGGCGUACCGCAGCAAAACAAAGGCAGGAAGUUGCUGACUGGUAACCCUUUCAGGACUCCAUUGUACUUCAUUUGCUGCUGUUUGAAUCCACUGCCUGGGCCCAUUGGCAGUGCAUGCACACCACUGCACAUGUUGCAGGUUAGACGCUUCUGAUGAUCCCAUGAGCCAAGAUAUUUAUUUAUUUUAUACUCUGUGUCCAUUCUACUCCUAUUCUGUCAAUAGUUUCCUCACAUUUUUACUACGGUAUGUAUUUGAAGGAAAACUGCAUUAUUUAUGUGCCUUCUAGAUAGUGAAAAACUGCUAAUAAGAGGUGGGUAACAACG